AUGGAGCGGGGUGCGGAAGGCCGCACCUCAAGUGCGCUGUUCGCUGGGUUCCGGGCCUUGGGGCUUUUCAGCAACGACAUCCCACACGUGGUGCGGUUCAGUGCCCUGAAGCGCCGGUUCUUUGUGACUACCUGUGUGGGCAAGAGCUUCCACACCUACGACGUUCAGAAACUUAGUCUUGUCGCAGUAAGUAACUCUGUUCCACAGGAUAUCUGCUGUAUGGCCGCAGAUGGGAGGCUGGUCUUUGCUGCAUAUGGGAAUGUUUUUUCUGCAUUUGCCCGUAAUAAAGAGGUAGUACAUACCUUUACGGGUCAUAAGGCAGAAAUCCGUCUUUUGCAGCCCUUUGGGGAUCACAUUAUCUCUGUUGAUACUGACAGCAUUCUUAUUAUUUGGCAUAUAUAUUCAGAAGUGGAAAAAAUAGCUUUCAACUAUUUUUCUUCUUGUAGUAAACUUCUGUAUACAUUUCCAGGAUGGAAAGUUGGAGUGACAGCUCUGCAGCAGGCACCAGCGGUGGAUGUGGUUGCAGUGGGUCUUGUAUCAGGUCAGAUUAUCAUUCAUAACAUUAAGUUUGAUGAAACAUUAAUGAAGUUUUGUCAAGACUGGGGACCUAUUACUUCAAUUUCAUUUCGCACAGAUGGUCAUCCAGUAAUGGCAGCUGGAAGCCCAUGUGGCCAUAUUGGACUCUGGGAUCUCGAAGAGAAAAAAUUAAUAAAUCAAAUGAGAAAUGUACAUUCUACAGCAAUUGCCGGACUGACAUUUCUCCAUAGAGAGCCACUUCUUGUUACAAAUGGUGCUGACAAUGCGCUCAGGAUAUGGAUAUUUGAUGGUCCUGUAGGUGAAGGCCGGCUUUUGAGAUUCAGAAUGGGACAUAGUGCUCCUCUUACCAAAAUCAAGUAUUAUGGACAAAAUGGACAACAAAUUCUUAGUGCAAGUCAAGAUGGAACUCUUCAGUCCUUUUCCACGAUACAUGAAAAAUUUAAUAAAAGCUUGGGGCAUGGGUUGAUAAAUAAAAAGAGAGUCAAACGGAAAGGACUUCAGAAUACCAUGUCAGUGAGACUUCCACCCAUAACAAAGUUUGCGGCAGAGGAAGCUCGUGAGACUGACUGGGAUGGUAUCAUUGCUUGCCAUCAAGGUAAACUAUCAUGCUCAACUUGGAACUAUCAAAAGUCUACAAUAGGCACUUACUUUCUCAAGCCAAAAGAGUUGAAGACAGAUGACAUAACUGCAACAGCAGUAGAUAUAACUUCUUGUGGCAACUUUGCUGUAAUCGGACUCUCCUCAGGAACUGUAGAUGUGUAUAACAUGCAGUCUGGUAUACAUCGAGGAACAUUUGGCAAGGAACAAGCUCAUAAAGGAUGUGUUAGAGGUGUUGCAGUGGACGGAUUAAACCAGUUGACAAUUACAACUGGUAGUGAAGGAUUACUAAAGUUCUGGAACUUUAAAAACAAAAUGUUAAUCCAUUCUGUGAGUCUCAAUUCAUCUCCAAGUAUGAUGCUGUUGCAUAGGGACAGUGGCAUUCUGGGACUUGCCUUGGAUGACUUUUCCAUCACUGUCCUGGACAUAGAAACUAGGAAGGUUGUCAGAGAGUUUUCUGGACACCAAGGACAAAUAAAUGACAUGGCUUUCAGUCCUGAUGGUCGUUGGCUAAUAAGUGCUUCAAUGGAUUGCACUAUUAAAACUUGGGAUCUUCCAUCUGGAUGCCUUAUAGACUGCUUUUUGUUGGACUCAGCCCCUCUCAAUGUUACUAUGUCACCUACUGGAGACUUCCUAGCCACAUCCCACGUGGAUCACCUUGGAAUUUAUCUAUGGUCCAAUAUUUCCCUGUAUUCAGUUGUUUCAUUACGGCCACUUCCUACAGAUUAUGCCCCUUCAGUAGUGAUGCUUCCUGGUACCUCUCAAAUCCAAGGUAAUCAAAAUACUUCUGAAAGAAGACUAAACUACUAUUUUGACAAAAAGAAUAAACCAAAAGAACCACCCAAAGCACCAAAAUCAGCACCAUUUUUCAUUCCAACAGUUCCUGGCCUUGUACCCAGAUACGCUGCACCUGAACAAAAUAGUGAGACCCAGCAGUCUAAAGUGGUUAACCUUGGAAUAUUGGCCCAAAAAUCAGAGUUCUGCUUGAAACUUGAAGAAGGACUAGAAAAUAAUAAAUAUGAGCCUGCUCUCAGUCUUCUGAAAGAAUUAGGCCCAUCAGCAAUUGAAACAGAGCUGCGAAGCUUGUCCCCUGAUUGUGGUGGGUCUAUAGACGUCAUGCAGAGCUUUUUGAAAAUGAUUGGGAUGAUGUUGGACAGAAAGCGUGAUUAUGAGUUAGCACAAGCAUACCUUGCAUUGUUUCUGAAGUUACACCUUAAAAUGCUUCCUUCAGAACCAGUACUCCUAGAAGAAAUUACAAAGUUGUCAUCACAAGUGGAAGAAAACUGGAUCCGUUUACAGUCACUCUUCAAUCAAAGCAUGUGUGUUUUAAAUUAUAUAAAAAGUGCUUUGUUAUAA